AUGUAAACUAAAGAGAAUAAGUAAAAAUUUGCGCUCAUUUUUUUAGUUCCACACUUUCUACAAAAUAUAUCAAAUCCGAUGGUAUUCGUAAGUUAAAUGAUCUAACUAAUUAUGAUACUAUACGAUAAUAACAGAAAAUGUAGAUGAAGAUUUCAAUGAACAAUUAAUAUUAAAAAAUUCUUGGAAGAUUACCAGAUGCUAAGUUUUUUAAUCCAAAAUCAGAAUCAUAUGUUUCUUAUCCUUGUUAUAAUGAGAAAUAUUUAUAAUUUCCAAAAGAAAUUUUAUGCAAACUAAAAAAAAGGGUAAAAUACAUUUAAUAUUUAUAUUUAGACAUAAGAUGAUGAUUGUGAUACUGAUGAAGAAGUUAAAUAACAUUCAAUUAAUCAUAAUGUUACAGAAAUUAUAAAAUCAUUAUCUACAAUAAAUAAAAAAGCAUAUAAUGCAUCAGAUUAUUUAUGA